CUUCCGUUCUUUUUUAAAAAGGAAAUAUUUGGCGUAAUUUAAUUUUUUUAAACGGCUAAAUAUUAUCAAAUUUAAAAAUGGCGAGAAUUGUAUCACAUGGUAAUAAUAAAACUCCAGCUGUUUAUCAACUUGAGAAAAAUGGAGAACAUUGGAUGCUUGGAUCUGAAGUUGGUUCUGCAAUGCAGUUUUACAAAGGAGCCUUAUAUAAAAGAUUUCCUUCGCUAUACCGACGUGUUUUAACAUUAGAAGAGCGACAAAUAUUAUGCAAUUUAAACGUAGAUAUGCGAACAUUGACGAAUUUAGGAACUAUGGUUGUAAAAGCGUCAGAAGCAAGAAAAGUGCUAAGUGGUGACGGAGACAUUUAUAGACAAAAAAAUACUCAAGUUGCAAAAGAAAACAACAAAAAUAAGAUUGCAAUAAACAUUGCGUUCUGCCGUCAAAAAACAAAUAUAAAAGAUCAAGAAAAUUGUACGUAUAUUCCUACAGCUUGUGGAAAAGAACUCAAAAGUAUUACUUCUAAACUUAAUAUUAAAUCAGGGUUCGCAAAAGUAAAGAAUGAUUCUAUAGACUCGACGAAUGUGGAAGUGAGAUAUAUAGAACCCGAAUUUGUAAGUGUGACGACUCUUCCGACUUUGUGCGAAAAAAAAAAAAAUCGAUCCAGAGAAUUUUUAAAGCAAUUAUUUAAAGUCAAGUAAGUAUGAUCUCUGGAUUGA